CGCCCUCGAGUGAAGGGAAACCAUCGCCGCCGCCGGGCGCCAUGAGACUUGACAUCAUGUACUCUUGCCUGCCGGCCUCCCCGAUAUCCGCCGCCGCAUUCCUCUCCGCCGCCAUCUCCGACGAAGACGGCGUUGAGGACCGCAUCAGCGCCCUCCCCAACGGCCUCCUGCGCGACGUCGUCUCCCGCCUCCCCGUCAAGGACGCCGCCCGCACCAACGCGCUCUGCCGGCGCUGGCGCGGCCUUUGGCGCGCCAUCCCACUCGUCCUCGAUGACGCCCACCUCAUCACGGAAGGCCCCGGCGUCGACUGGCGCGCCCCCGCCGCCGCGGCGGUCUCCCGCGUCCUCGCUUCCCACCCGGGCCCCUUCCGCUGCGUCCGCCUCCUCAGCAACCUCAUCGACGAGUCCAACAAGGAAUGCCUCGCGGAGUGGCUCCGCCUCCUCGCCGACAAGGGCGUGGAGGACCUCACCCUCGUCAACCGCCCCUGGGGCUUCGGCGUGCCCGCGCGGCUUCCCCCGUCCCUCCUCUCCUGCGGCGCCUCGCUCCGCCGCCUCUACCUCGGCGUCUGGUUCUUCCCUUUCACCACCGGCCUCCCCCGCAGCCCCGACGUUUUCCCUCACCUCCGGGAGCUCGGCAUCUGUCACGGCAUCAUGCAGGAGUCCGACCUGGAGUACCUGCUCGCUUGCAGCCCCAGGCUGGAGACCUUUGCGCUCAUCACCAACUACUGCUUGCCCGACCGCGUCCGCAUCGGCAGCCACAGCCUCCGUUGCGUGCUGCUCUGGCAUUCCAUGGCGGACGAGGUCGCCGCCAUUGCCGCCCCGCACCUGCAUCGCCUCAUCGUCUACUGCACGCACCCCACUGAGGCUGGAAGGGCCUUCAAGGUCAAGAUAGGCUAUGCUCCUCAGCUCGCCGUGCUCGGCUACUUGGACACCACCCACGUGCUUGAGAUUGACAACACCAUCAUCAAGGCUGGGGUGACAAAAGUUAGCCCAGAUGCAGUGGUUCCAAGCAUCAAGGUGUUAGCUCUGAAGGUGCGCUUCAGAGUCGCGGAGGAAGUGAGAACUUUGCUGAGUUUCUUGAGAUGCUUCCCUGAAGUAGAGACCUUACACGUUAUGGCUUCCGACAAUCACACUGACCACUAUGAUGACCCGGGUGAAGUCAAGGCCAGGGACAAGCUCAAUUCCACGUUCUGGCAGGGGGUUGGUCCGAUCAAAUGCGUGCAGUCACGUGUCAAGAAGGUGGUGUUUGAUCAGUUCUGCGGGGGCACAAACCAGGUUGGGUUUCUGAAGAUGGUUCUUGGGAGAGCGGUGUUUCUGCAGAAGGUGAUAGUCCUGCUCGCUGACCCGGAUCCUAUCAUGGUGAGUGAGGCCACGCGCAAACUGAACCCGUUGGCUUCCAAGAGGAUGUGGGCCAAUAAGACCUUGCGCAAAAUUUCCUUGGAGGUUCGUGGGCGCCAAUCAGGUCCUAUUUGGGGGUACAACCAAGCAUCUGAUCUUUCUAUCAGCGACCCAUUUAUUUCUUAAGGCGCUGAUAGAGUGUUCGUUAGCAGCUAGAGCAUCGUUGUUUUAGAGCAUUGCCGUUUGAACGAGUCAUUUCUUGUGAAACGAAGUGAUGUAGCACUAGUCUGUAGCUUUUUUUUGUUUAGUGUUGGAGAUUUGGAGUUAAGCAACAGAAGGUUGUGCGAAAGACUUCUCAUGACUUCACUAUGUAGUUACCUGUGUCUGCAUGCAAUGUGAUUUACCUAGCUUUUACUUGCUCA